ACACACAGAGAAGCCCCUAUCUCACGUUCCCACAAGCGGACACGCGCGUUUGGAUCAACUGCGUGGAGCUGCAGCGUCCACGGUAUCUCCAGGGAAUAAGACGUACUUUAUUUUUGUUUAUCGCUCAUCUUUUUCUGUUUUGUUGUGGUUAAGAGUUGAUAAAACAGGUCGCGCGCUCCUUUUGUUCCAAGGGUGAAUCGAGGCGACAAGUUUUGAACCGUGUUUUGAGCUUUACGCACGAGAGAAAAACGUCUUCAAAGUAACAAUCUGGGGUCGCUAUGAUUUUGUUGUACAUUAAGAGUGUCUGUAUUUUUGUGGGAAAGAACAAGCCACGUUUUUGAGAGAUCCUCUGUGUGACGUACGAGCGCCUUUUUUUCUCUUGAGCGCACAAACGUGUUCCUCGCUUCUUCUUCUUCUUCUUUUUUUUUUUUUUUUACACUUUGAAGCGAGCUAUCUGGUAAAAUGGACGCGCGUGGUUUGUAUUAUUAAGACACUUGGAUAUACGGAAUACUGCUGUUGCCAAAUCCCAAAAGAAGCUCUGCUGUCCCCGUCAUCAUCCUUUUCACUCCGGUAUGACAGCUCCACGGAAGUAGUCUUCAAAGUGGAAGAUGAAUGCUUUCUCCAAUCCCCCAGGUUCCAGGCUCAUCCCUAGCCCAUGUCUAAUGGCACAGUGACCGUGGACAGUCGAUUCUAUAAAAGGUGAAACAUGACAGCAGCAGCAGGGGUACUGACUGGACUGGCCAAACUUAAACGCCAAGACUCGUGUCGGUCUCAACAUCGACCGCUCUCAGCUGCUUUGGGAGGUCCUGCCCCAGAGCAGGCUCCCAGAAAGAGGAAGCGCAGAACAGAUGUUGUAAUUGUUCGGGGACGACUACGGCUGUACUCUGCCUCUGGGUUUUUUCUGCUUUUGGGACUGGUUAUUCUGGCAGUAGGGAUCGGCAUGGCAACGCUUGGUUACUGGCCCCAUGGCGACAGAACGGAAGCAUCCAAAACAGUAUCAGGAGAAAGGACCAAGCCAGAGAGAGCCCCAGCAUCUGCCAACAAAGAGAUAUAUGAAGUAAAAACCAAUGUAUCGAAAGGAGGUGGAGUCAAUUCAACCAGCACUGAUCAUGAAGAAACCUCAAAGCAGAGAGCUGGCCUUCUGACCCGCUUCCUGGAGCAGCAUCGUCAUUCUGAGAGGAUGAAGAUGUUCGGACCCUUCACCAUGGGCAUUGGGAUAUUUAUCUUCAUAUGUGCAAAUGCCAUUCUCCAUGAAAACAGAGACAGAGAAACAAAGAUCAUCCACAUGAGGGACAUGUACUCCACCGUCAUCGACAUCCAUCGCCUACGGCAAAAAGAGCAGAAGCAGCAGCUGCACAGAAACAGUGUCUACACACGAGAGACCUUCAGCGAUAACAUCAGCCUGGCCCGCACCUCGCUACUCGGCUUCACAUCCAGGUCCGCAGCGGGUUCCGCUGAGGAGGAGGAGGGGCUGCUUGGGGAGGAAGAGCAGGCCAGACUGGACUGUAGUUUUGCUGGGCUCCUGGCUCCGCUCUAUAAGGACAGACCCUUUUAUAACCCAGGGUUGGGGCUGGCACAUGCAGAUUCUGUGCGGCACCAGUGGUCUAUGGACGGAGAUGGGGAGAGGGGCGGGCACCACGCUCGAUCCAUCGUGACCUCCUCCAUCUCUGCCUUCACUCUGCCUGUGAUCAAACUUAACAACUGUGUCAUUGAUGAGCCAGAGAUGGAGGCUAUAACAGAGGACGACAGAGGGGAGCGCGGGGAUGAACGGUCACAACCUUUGACCUCUAUGGAGUCAUUAGCUGUCCCGGUGGCUACUGUUGCUAAGGCGUCCAAACCUCCAGGUCUACAUCGCAGCAACUCUGCCUCCUCUUCCUCCCACCAUUCGUCUGCCUCCACCCUAUCUCCCGCCCCCUCGUCUACCUCAGGCUGCUGGCUCUCUCCUGGCGCGGCCCGCAGCGACUUUGGCUCGAACUCCUCUUUGCACAUGCUCAGUAGCCACUCCAAAUCUCUGGACCUGGAGCGCAGGCCGAGCAUGCUCAGCGUGCACCAAGAGCAGAGGAAGCACCCGAGCUGGCCACGCCUUGACCGUAGCAACAGUAGCCGCAGCUGCAACAGCGCCUCCAGAGGCAGCAGUAAGGGUUACACGCGGUUGGAAGACAGGGAGGAUCACAACGAGCGCUUGUUGGACGAUUCAGCUGCCAUAGCAGCACGGCGCGAUUAUAGCAAACGGGAAAAACUCCUCAUGAUAUCCAGGUCCCAUAACAAUCUAAGUUUUGAACAUGAUGAGUUUAACAACAGUACACUAAAGAGAGGCAGCUCCGAGACGCGAUUCUGAAUCAUGGACUAACGAACUCAUGAGAACAAAGGUUUUUAUUUAGAGGUGCUGAUUUGUAGCUAACCUGGCUUGUGAAAUGGCAGAUAAAGAUGAAAGUGGUCAGCAAAUACGAUGCCUUCAGAAAAGAUGGCACAGCCUGGCCAUCUAAGCCCAUUACUCAGAUGUAUGGUGCGUUCACACUUGCACAAUCACCAAAUCAAAACUGGGAAACCACUGGGACUAAACCUGGACUUGAUCAGGAAUAAACCUGAACUAAAACAAGACGAAACCAACUCUACACCAGGACUCAAAUUGGGCUAAAACCAAGACCCGACAAGGCCAAGUGUGAACGCAAUUGUGAUGGGAAGGUAAUAUGACUUUCCAGUUGAGUCUAGAUGCAGUUUGGAAUUGUUUACAAGGCUAUUGAUUAAAUGUCAAAUGCUACUUACCUACAGGUACGCUUGGCGCAAAUUAUGUGAGAAAAUCUUGUUACAGGAUCAGUGAAUGUUAUUGGUGUGUGUUGCUGGUCUCCAGAUUGUAGUAGACUUCAUUACUGUAUCGAUGAGAGGAGUUGGUAAUAUGUCAGAAAGUACUGUAACUGUCCAUGUAUGUGCAGACUAAUUAGACUUACUCAGGAUAUGAUGGUUCAUUUUUAUACUGUUUUCAUGGACCUAUACACAGUUGUAUUAAAUAUAGCUUAUAUGGGUAUUUUGAGUAGGAUGAAAGCUGUUUGUACAUUUCAGUGUAAUACCAGCAAUCCCAAGCAGUUAUAGCAAAUUUGAUGUGGAAAGACAUUUACUUAGCUGGAGCUGUUAAGACACACAGAUUUUUUUUUCUUCCAUAAAAAUACUUUAUUUUACAAACCACAGCCACUUUAGUUCAGUUUGUCAGCUCCUAUCGUGUCCUGUCACAUCUGCAAUUGCAAUUAGUAGCCUUUUUCCGUGCUAUUUUUACCACAUGGCAUAAACAGGACUGUCUUGUUAUUCAAACGUGACAUAAAGCGUGGUGUGUGUGUUCCCACGCAACACAACAGGUGCACCGCGGCAGUCGGCAGCAGCUCUUUUAAGAAGCGGGAACCUCGCCGGAAAGCCUCAUUAGUGGUUCCUAUGAGUCCAUGUACAGUUUUAUCUUGUCUAAAAAUAAACUGUAUUUUCGAUG